AUGAUGGACAGCGACUGGUAUACGUCCUUCACCCCCACUGCGCCGGCAACGUCCGAGAACGCUCACGGGCAUCGGCGACGAGCAUCCCUCUUGCAACAGCCUAAUGAUGCGACCCAGGCUGAUGAUGCUGCAGACCCACUGCCUAGUCUCAGCGAAGAAGACGAAACUCCCCUGCAAAAGGGCCCUCCACAAGCGACACCUGUCAGGAGAGCCCACUCGUACUCGCAACUCCGCGAGCUCGAUGCACCAAGACCGCAUACCACCCGCCCUUCGCCAUCCUCUCGGAAGAACAGUCUGUCCUCUGCUCCCAAGCCCAAGAACCUUCUGCAAUCACGUCUCGACUUUGCUACGUGGUACGAUGUGCUGGAAGACGACCUCUUGGACGCCAGCCAUGACGACUAUGAUCUCUACCACGACCAGUUGAACUUGUCGCAGCAUCAUCUUGACUCGUUGGUGGAAAGCACCAACGACGCCUUGACCGUACUGUCUUCCCUGUCCGACUCGUUCAAGGCUGUCGAGGAGCAGACGACCGCCUUCCACGCUCAAUGCGAAUCGCUCGUCACCGAGCAGCGUCGCGUCACCGACCUGGCCGAGAAGAUGACACACAACCUCCAAUACUAUGCCUAUCUGGAGCCCAUGACCCGCAGACUCAACGCUCCUGGUGCUGCCAACCUCGUGCGCGCGAAAGAGUUUCCUGACAUGCUCACAAACCUCGACCAAUGCCUGGAAUAUAUGCAGGCUCACCCUACCCACCGCGAAGCUUCUACCUAUCGAUCGCGUUACCGUCUCCUGCUAACCCGAGCCCUCACACUCAUUCGAGUCCAUUUCACAAACUCUAUACGAGCUCUGGCCGCCGAUGCAUCACAACGGAUCGCAGACCGACAACUCAACGAUACUACCCAAACCGCUCUCCUGUACACAAAGUUUCGUGUCGGUGCUCCUGAAUUGAAACAACUUGGUCUGGAAAUACAAAAGCGUGCUGUUCUGCCUGCUGGAGCAAAUCAGGGAGGUGAAGCGGAAUAUCAAAGUCUCAUGAACGAACUGCACCAGAGUUACUCGGCAACUAGAGGUCGCCUCUUGUUUCCCAUAAUCACCCGCAAGCUUACAGAAAUGGCCUCAGUCGACAACGCGGUGGGUGAUUUGGUCACCUUUGCCAAGACCGCCAUUGGCUUUGUGAGAGGCAUAUGUCUUGACGAGUACGACCUCUGGGGUGACUGGUUCGCUGGAGACGGUGGUGUAUACGAGUUCUUGGAAGCCGUGUGCGAGCCACUGUACGACCAUCUCCGACCAAGAACCAUUCGUGAGGCUCGUAUUCCAAAAUUAUGCGAGCUGUGUACAUUUAUCCAGACACGCUACAUGAUUGAUGAAGAAGAUGACGACCUAGGAUAUCAAGAUUCGAAUUCUGCGAAACGAAGUCUGGAUUUUGCUGCUCUAGUCAAACCCGCUCUGGAAGACGCCCAAAGUCGACUGGUAUUCCUCGCAUUAGCUGUUCUCAGGGACGAUAUCGAGAACUAUCGACCAAAGCCCGAAGACCUGGACUACCCAUCACAAGCACGCGGGCCAUCCACAAUCAACGCCGAUGGAAAGCGAGUGGCUCUUUCUGGUCGCAAAGACUCGACACAUGCCGCCCAGGCAAGAUCGCCAGACGAAGAUGAUGCUGGCAGCAUGUUCGAGCCCGCUUGGCCCACCAACGAGAAGCAAGUCAUAGUAUGGUAUCCAACGUUGCGUAAAGCCGUGUGGCUCUUGAGCCGAAUCUACCGACUAGUCAAUUCUACAGUAUUUGAUGACUUGGCACACAACAUUGUCCACAGCACUACAGUUUCUCUGGCAUGGGCGGCGUCACAGAUUGCGACAAAGUCGUCACCUGCUGACGCAAACGUAUUCCUGAUUGCCCAUCUUUUGCGGCUCAAGCAACAGAUUGUCGCAUUCGAUAUUGAGUUCAUCACGCCCGAAGUGACCUUUGAUUUCUCAUCAGUCACUAACACAUUUUAUGAGCUUCGUGAGCGAGGAGGUCUUUGGAAUCCAGCAAGCUGGGUCAAGCUUGCUGCUGGAGGACUGAUGCCACGAGUAGUGGAGAACAUGCUCGACGCCAAAGCGGAGCUAGAUGGACGAUUGCGAGCAGUGAUCAACGACUUUGUGAAUGGCUUUGUAAAGCGCAUAACAACACCGCUCGCAGCACCGAAGAAGGAGCCAGGGCCAGAAGCGAGUCACGUUACAGCUGAAGUUCGCACUAUCACGCAAAAGGAGGUCAUCUCCCUCCGACAGAAACUGGACGAGUACAUUCAAGAUGUAAGGACAAGGGAGACACUUGUGGCAGCAGUCCGAGACCAGGUCGUCCUAGCGUACGAGGAGUGGAUGGACCAGAUGAGCGAGGGUUCGGGCAAAGCCAGAAUUGGUAAGAUCAGUAAAAAAGGAAAGGGGAGAGAAGACGAAGUGUGGUCCAGCGAGGUGUUCGCCGAGUGGUGCGAGCGCGUGUUCGCCGUGGGACAAGUGACGGGUGAUGAGGAAACUCCGGAUCCAUGA